CCCAACUCUAUCAUGACGGACUGCACCGGGCCCUUCGUUGCCCACUGCGCGCAAUUAAGUUGCCAUGAGAAUGCUUGCUGGAAAUUCUGCACUAGAAGAGUUUCUUUUGCCUUUUGGUUUUUAUAUCCAUCUGAACCUCCAGCCAACUUAAGUUAAUCUCAGCUCCUGCAGCUGUCAGCCUCUCCCGGAACCCUACGGAACACCAGCGCGGAGCAUAAUCUCACGUCGAUAUCACGACGUUCCAAAAUGACGACCUCGUCUGAUGGCCCGUCGAUUGCCAAGUCAGCCAGUGCUGUCUGGAAAACUCACUUCCCUUUGAUAUUCAGUCUGCAUUGUGGCACCGCCUGCGCCCGAACACACACCUCUAUGUGAAUGACACUUUGCAGGAUCGUUCGGCCGUUAUGCGCAUCAAUGUCCAGGCAGCGGGACGUUGGAGGAUUCGAAGGGACGAUUUCGACUACAUAUUCCAGACGGCCUCUGUCUUCUCAACUCUUGGAACCAGUCAGCUGACUGUACUUUUCCAUUUGGAAAUAUUUGCGACGAAGCGGGAACUGUUUUGCCUGUUAGCCGGUCGCCGACAGCAAAAGUCGCCGUACUCAGCCACACCAAUCCAUGCCGUCCUCGUUCUCAAUUGCCUCAUGGACGUUGUCAAACUGACUGGCUUCAUCAACGGACGAGGUGGUUUUCCUGAAAUGGACUCUCGAAUGAAAAUAGUUCGUCGUCCCGGUGGGAUCGAUGGGAUUUCCUGUUGGGAUUCGGCUGCGACGAUGCUCACCUCGUCUCCCAGAGUCCCCACGACUCCGGCAAAACUUGUCUCUGAAGCGAGCGGCCCAUGUUUAAAACUUCCAAAAUCGGAACCCGAGGGACCGCAGUGUGGCCUGUGUCUCGAGUUGCAAACGAUUAUUUCCAAAUACCUACCAACUGAUCUGCGAUGGAACCAGGAAUCCGGGGAUGCCAAGAGUUGUAACCAAUAUGCAACCGAUAUCAGGCGCGAGAAAGAUUAUGGAACAAAGGAUCUGCAGAUUCCUUGGAGGACAUCGUUUCCUCAACCUCCAGGGCCUCACCCUGAACGCCUCGGCCAUGGCCGGUGCCUUUGUCGACCUCUCUCGACCUGUCGACGUUGACAUCAUGUGAUACUCCAAGAAAACAUAGCCCAGUCGAGGUUUUGCGUGGUGCGGUCCAGGCUUUUUUGAGGCAAGGGGCCUUUCAGGGCUGAACGCAAAGCCCAGCCGUAACCAGGCACGCCAGGUUUCUCCUACACACUACCACGCUUCUGAUACUAGCCCGGGGCCCGAACGUCCAAGAUUGGAUCCCCUUUUCUUCCCCGCGGGGGCGGAACCUGCGGAUCGCGUGAGGCGACGUUCGAUUGCCUGUCUAGAUCACUGGUUCGGUAUUUCGGCAGCCUUGUGGCUGCAUCUGCUACUUGAAGUUAUACGACUCUUCGGCUCUUAAGCGCCGUGUCAAAAAGCUUGACUGGCAACGGCCACCGACGACGGCAUACUGCACCCGCGCCGCGUAAGUCUAUUCCCUCGCAUCGCGGGUUUCCUUGAAUUUUUCCUCGGUGAACACGAUAUCCGGAGCUGAAUCAAAGUUCAAGGACAAGGGGCUGUCAUAUUUACAGUUGUAUGCUUCUUUUUUAUUCCGUCACCAGGCCCUAGUCAUUUGUCAGUUGCGCAUAUCAGCAGUUCUCGAGAACGUCAAGAAAUUUGCGCAAUCCCCCCUGGGAAAGCGUUUAAUCUGCCAGCCUAUCGAAUCUCGUCGUUUUCGGAUUGAGUCGUGGGCAACCAUGCAACGAAUGGUGUCGAGAAGAUGACGAGCAGGGUGGGACGAAGCGAAGCGGUUUGAGGCGGUUUGACCUUGCUCACCUGCCUUGCUGUGUUCUGCAGCACCGGCCCAACCACAGCAUCCUUUGAACCACCAAAAGGGGAUCAGGGGGAUUGAACAAAGUUUACUGCCCUCAAACGUGAAAAACGCGAAGAGAGGAUGAGGAGAGGGGCACGAGCCAGGCAGAUCACCCGUGGUCGUGGUUAAUCGUGUGGAUGUCUCUCCGGAUCCCCAAUGCUUAUUCCUGAGACUGGCCAGGGGCGACCUUUGAGUUCCGAAUCAAGCAUGAAUAACCUUACAAAGUCUGUUGGUGGCCCUGGUUCGCGCUGCAUGAUACGAAAAGGGUGUGGGACUGAAGACUUCGGACGAGGGAACAGAGUUUCGGUUGCCUCGAGCACCUUACCCUUUCUGAAGGUCUGGAUGUAAAGGACUUGGGACGACGAUGGACCGAGUCCCGAAACGACCCUCUGCGGUUGGCCUGACUCAACGGCUGUUGCUAUUCUCAUUGCGAUGCAGAUGAGGAUAUCGACAUAUCGUCUCUUGAUCCAUGAGUGGUGGCUCAGCGCCCAGCACAUUGACAUCUGUCCUGCUAGAGUGGUUUCAGGCACCCUCGGUCACAAUGUCUCGACAUGUUCCGCCUCACGCCACUCACAGUCGUAUUGGGGGCACUUGAUUUGGGACGAAAGAUGAGUGAGUACAUAAAGAUCUGACCGGUUCCGCGUCGUUUAGAUCUUUUUUGAUUUGGUUCGACGGCAGGCCUCACAGUAUCAAAUUUAAUACAGACAUUCCCUUGGAAACAGUUGCUUCGGUUCAACAUUCAUCACAGAAUCAUCUAAUAUUUCACCAACUUCGGUUCACUUCAGUCCAUCAAAAUGAAGUUCCUUACAUUCGGAUUCCUUCUCGCCUCGACGAUCGUUAGCGUCAGCAGUGCUCCCACAGAUAUCGAUAGCAGGGCUGUCAGUUAUCAAAACAACUAUGACCAACACUUGGAGGAUCGCGAGGAGCGCAAGGAGGCUCGCGACAUCUCCGUCCCCUCGUUCGCCGGCGUCGAGACCACCAGCGGUGUGGUCGCCGACAUCGAGGUGGAGGAGAACGCCGUUCCCCUGAGGGCCCGCCAGCUUCUCAAGAAGAAGAAGGGCAAGAAGGGCAAGAAGGCUAAGAAGGCCAAGAAGGCGAAGAAGGCCGCGAAGAAGGCAAAGGCUGCUGCCCCCGCAAAGGCCAAGGGCAAGGCCGCGACCCCCGCCGCCGGCGCCGCGAAGAAGAAGGCCGCCACUCCCGCUGCUCCCGCCGCCGGUGGUGCUGCUGCCAAGGGCAAGGGCGCUGCUGCUCCUGCUGCUCCCGCUGGUGGUGCUGCUGCUAAGGGCAAGGGCAACGCUCCCCCCGCGGCUGCUCCUCCUGCUGCUGCUCCUCCUGCUGCUGCUCCUCCUGCUGCUGCUCCUCCUGCUGCUGCUCCUCCUGCCGCUGCUCCCAAGGCUCCCGCGGCCGCACCUCCUGCCGCUGCCCCCAAGCCUCCUGCUGCCGCGCCCGCCGCCAACCCUCCGGCCGCUGCUCCCAACGGCGCCGCGAAGCCCAUCACUCCCGCUCAGCCGGCUGCCGUUGCACCUGCCCCUGUCGCUCCUGCGAUUCCCGCGGGCAAGAACAACGGCAACUGAGUUACGUCUCAGCAGCUGGUUGUGGAGGUUGGAGGUUAAUGGAUAGAGAAAAUCAGCACUGGUGCUGGUUGCUUGAUUCGGUUCACGAGGUUUACGACAAUGCGCGCAGUUAUGGCGAUUUCAUAGGGCC